GGGUAGGACAUUUUUGGAGCAAAAGGCGUCGGGUAGGGCUUGGGAGGUGUUUGAAGCAAGUUGAGGCCCAUAUCGCGUACUGUGAAGGUUGAACCCUAGCGAGUGCCUAACCCUUGCUGCCUCUGCUUGGUCCUCUUCGGGAACGUUAUCUUCCGCCGGAGUUCGCUACGGGGAGGAACGUGUUCGGUUCGUUGGCCAACUACUCAAUCUUUCAUCUUUGAUGACAAGCGCUUGGACCAAUAUGAGCUUUGCAAUCAAACAUAGGGAUAUAGAGAGGGAGUGGGAGAUUCAGGGUGGAGUUUUGGUUAUUUUUUUAAAAAAUUGGAGAUUCUUGCUCACUCUCAGAAGAUCUAUACCUGCUAAUAUUCUGGAAAGGAUGGGGAGAUCAAAUUUUAUUUCAAUAUUGUUAUAGCUUUGGAGCAUCUUUGGAGCAAAUGAGCAAUGGAGCUUGUGGAGCACGGCUCACCUCGAGGAUUGCUCUCUUGAGGAAUUGGAGAAAUUAUUUUAUCAGAUAUGAGUGGUCGCUUUUCUCGCACCAUCUAUGUUGGCAACCUGCCCUCAGAUAUAAGAGAGUCAGAAAUUGAGGAUCUAUUCUACAAGUAUGGCCGUAUAUUGGAUAUUGAGUUGAAGAUUCCACCUCGACCUCCAUGUUAUUGUUUUGUUGAGUUUGACAAUGCUCGAGAUGCAGAAGAUGCAAUUCGUGGUCGUGAUGGCUACAAUUUUGAUGGUUGUCGGUUAAGGGUGGAGCUUGCGCAUGGUGGUAGGGGGCCAUCAUCAAGUGAUCGGCGUGGUCAUGGUGGCAGUGGUGGGAGCCGUUUUGGCAUCUCACGUCAUUCUGAAUAUCGAGUUAUUGUUCGUGGACUCCCAUCAUCUGCAUCUUGGCAGGAUUUAAAGGAUCAUAUGCGGAAAGCUGGUGAUGUAUGUUUUGCUGAGGUUUCACGUGAUAGUGAAGGUACAUUUGGCAUUGUUGACUACACUAAUUAUGACGACAUGAAAUAUGCUAUUCGUAAACUUGAUGACACUGAAUUUAGAAAUCCUUGGGCAAGAGCUUUUAUUCGGGUGAAGAAAUAUGAGGCCAGUCCCGCAAGGAGCCGCAGUAGAAGCCGGAGCAGAAGCCCUGGAAGAAGCAGAAGUCCUAAAAGGAUUAGAAGCAGGUCAUUGGAGCGAUCUGUUUCUAGGUCACCAUCUAGGUCUAGAUCAGCAUCACCAAUCAAAUCUAGGCCUAGGUCACUGUCACGGUCUCGGUCUCGAUCACAAUCUGGAUCACCACGCCAGGCUCGGUCAGCCAGUGGUUGAUUAACUCACCGAUGCAGCAGGAUCAUAUCUAGUGCUAGUUAUUUUGUUGCAAUGCGGACCGAGGUUUAGAUGAUGCAGUUGGAUUAAGUUGUUUUGUUGGAAAUUAACGAUGCACUCGAGUUUAGUCCCUUAAAAAAAAAGCACUGGAAUUGUGUUGUGGUCAAUUGUCAUAGAUCAGUUUGGCUGUUUGAUGAGCAUACAAUCAUUCUAGAGAUUUAUGUUUGCCUUAUUUGAGACAAUUGAUGUACUAGUGUGGCUGUCAGAUUCAUGUUUACCUUGUUGGAGGGGUUAUUUAUGAACGAUUGGCCUUCCCCC